CAUUACACACGUGACUCGAAUGUAGCCAAUGCGGAUGCGUUAUAAUGUGGGGUUAAAGCGCGUGCCCGCUUGAAAAAAAUAAAAACGGUGAGAGGGGAGAAAAAAAAGCUCACGGGUAGAAAAAAGAGCGGGAGAGAAACAGAGACUUAAUAAUGUCUGAGGAAAAACCAAAGGAAACUGUGAAGACUGAAAAUGACCACAUCAAUCUUAAAGUGGCAGGACAAGAUGGUUCUGUGGUUCAGUUUAAAAUAAAGAGACACACUCCUCUCAGCAAAUUAAUGAAAGCAUACUGUGACAGACAGGGUUUGUCAAUGCGGCAAAUAAGAUUUAGGUUUGAUGGACAACCAAUCAAUGAAACAGACACCCCUGCACAGCUGGAAAUGGAAGAUGAAGAUACUAUUGAUGUAUUUCAACAACAGACAGGUGGUGCGUGCUGAAAAAGAAGAAAAUAAAAGCGCUCUUUUUGUGACAUGGGCAUAGACCAACUCCAUACAUUUUACUUUCCACUUCUGCCCUUGGAUUUGCUAAUGCAUAAUAUCAAAUGAACAUGCUGACCACAUAACACUUCUGAAAAUGUUACCAGACUCUCCCAAAAGUUUUUCAUCUAACAUACAGGGUGUUCAUUUCCAUGUGUCAGAAUUUGUGUUGAGGGCCAAUCUAAAGAAUUCUUUUUCAGCUUAAGACAGAAUCUCCUGGCUUUUCAUGCUGUUUUGUUUUUCUCUCUGAAUCUGUUCAUUUUCUUUACAUUUUUUUCUAAUGUGUAUAUAUUCAUAUGUUCCUAUUGUAAUGAAUGUAACCUAUUAAUGCCAGACUUCUGUGUAAAGCCAUACGCCAUAGAAUUGGUUGCUCUGUCCAUUUGGGUCCCUUAAAGGGUAGUGGGAGACAGUUGCUUUUAUUUUUGCGGUUGCUGUAAACCAUUAGUUACUUAUGGAACCUCAUAGGAGCCAUGGGCUGUGGGGGGGAAAUAUUUAAAUGCCCUGAGUGAAAUGGGCAAGCUGUUUUAACAGGUAAAAAUGGUUAGUGGAUAACCUUAUGUUGAGAAUUGACAUGCCUGUUCUUAUUCAACACUGGUUGCAUUGUAUAAUAAUAAUGUGCAAGAUUUGUCAUUCUUUUAGUGCUCUUGCUGAUGGUGUAGGAGAACCUUAUUUACAACCUGUCCUUUUGCAGAAAUUGUUUUUGGUAUUCAGCACUUUAAACUUUGCCUACUGCAAUGCAUACAAUAUUUAACGCUAAAGAUGUCCACCAAUUAACACAAGGGUCAUAGUUAUUGGGAUCUUUCCCAUAUUGGACACCAACAGAAUCCUUGGAAUGUAAGCUCUGACCGUCAAACUGCCAUCUUGGAAAUGUAUUAUAUUGUAGCUGGAAGUCGGUGGGUAUGCAAAACCUAGUGGAAACAUUUAGACUAAUUAGAAGAGGAGCUGAUUGUGCAUCAGCGGUAAAUACAAUAUUCUGGUAACAAAGAUGCACUCUACAUAAGCUGUCUGAUAAAAUAGUUGACAUGGAGAUAUAAGCCCUAGUUAUUUUGUACCUCCUAACUGUUUAUCACUAUAGUAACAGGUACAUUUUUGCCUUUAAAUUCAGUGUAAUGACUAAGUUCCAGUUUGAUUGGACCCACAAAAAUACCAUUUAAUUACAUCUGUUUUGUAUGAACUGCAAUACGUUUGGUUUUGCAAUUUAAAAAAAAAUCCUUAAAGGGACACUACCCAAAUUUUUUUUCUUUUGUAAUUCAGAAAGAGCAUGCAAUUUUAAGCAACUUUCUAAUUUACUCCUAUUAAUUUUUCUUCGUUUUCUUGCUAUUAUUUGAAAAAGGCAUCUAAGCUUUUUUUUGUUUCAGUACUCUGGACAGCACUUUUUUAUUGGUGGAUGAAUUUAUCCACCAAUCAGCAAGGACAACCCAGGUUGUUCACCAAAAAUGGGCCGGCAUCUAAACUUACAUUCUUGCAUUUCAAAUAAAGAUACCAAGAGAAUGAAGAAAAUGUUAUAAUAGGAGUAAAUUAGAAAGUUGCUUAAUUUCAUGCUCAAUCUGAAUCAUGAAAGAAAAUUUUUGGGUACAGUGUCCCUUUUUAAAUGGAAGAAAUAAAAAUAAAAAAAUCUGCAGAGGGGAGAAUCCAUUGUAGCUGUGUAAAUUGGUGUAUAUUUUUUAACUGAACUGUUACUCCUCUAGCUUAAUUUUGUAAGUCUGCAAAUCUUAGCUGAUCUCGUCUGCACCAGAAUUCCACUAUCAAUAUGUUUUAUGCCAGGUGUGUUCUUAAAUAAAAAGGUUCUUUCAUUCACUCAUUUAGGAAUUUUGUGUUACUCAUUAGCAAUUAGUAUGCAGCCUUUCAAUUUUAAUAUUUGCUGGAUAAAAGAAACAAAAUAAAGAAUUGUACUCUUUAA